CCCGAUCCCGAAAAGUUUGUAAAUAAAACGACCUCAACAGGACGAGGCGCAAAAGUGACCCGUAAUGUGACCGUUACGGAAGAACGUCCCAAAAUAAAAAAAAUAAAAUAAAAUAUAUUCGAAACGAACGAAAUAUCGGCAAGCGUCUGCAACACUGCCUCGAAUUAAAAAUAGAUGGUAUAUGUAAUUAGUGCGAUGUUUUAAUUAUGAGAACCGGAUAAAAAAUUCGUAAUUCGAGGCGGAACGGGAGAACGCGAUGGAGGAGUUGGCGGUGCCGGAAAGGCAAAAGAGGAGAAACCGAAAUCCCGACUUGAAAUUGAAGAUGGCGACAGACUUCCCGACGGACAAUAAUGCAAACGGCAACGAACUUCCUCCCAUGAUGCUGUCGAAAGUCAGUCCGCGAUCCAUCGUCACCACCACUUCACAGUUGCAGACCAAUUCACAGACCAGUACGACAACGACACGCGUCAAUCGAACCUCGACGUCGACGUCGACGAGCACCCAACGACUCAUUACAUCCGACGAAAAAGCAUCGACAAUGAAAACCGACCUGGUCGAAUUCAAGAACAACAUUAACGACAUGAAGAGCAGCCUGUCUUCGAACCACGCUUUCCAAACGAUGAGGAAGAGCCUGGAGAAUCUGGCCGACGAGCCGCUGGUCACCUUUCCCGAUGACACGCCGACCCCCAGCGAGAUCUCGUCGCCCACCACCACGAUCGACACACUCAAGUUCGAGCAGAAGUCCAUGAAUAAUUUCAAGAAAACUAAGGUGGUGAAAGAUGGUUUGUGCGCGGAGAAAGAGAGCUCGAAGUGCGCGGAAAUGAAGAAGAUCCAAGCCGGGGAUGUGUCGUACGAGGAGAACAGUGCAGCUGCAGCUUCGAGGGCGCGAUUGGAGGUCGGCGGCGUGUCCGCCGAGAAGAACCAGAUCACGGCCACGGAGCAAAAACUACUAAAGGCAGGCGAUCUAAGCCAAGCUGAGUCUAAAAAUAUGGCUCAUACCAACAUGAAAGUAACAACUGAUAACUUCAGUACAGAAAAAAGGGCUACUGAGUCACAACAACAAAUGCAGACAGUAACUAACAACGGCAUCUUCAAUCACGAACAAGUGACAUCUACCAGCUCGCACUACACCAUGAAGAAAGACUACACCAAGAUUUCAUCUUCCUCGUCCACCCUCCAGCAAAAAGCUCAAUUCCACCUACUCAACAAUAGCAGCGUAUCCGAAGACGAGAUUUUGAACCAAAACUUCCAAGACUUGGAGUGCCUUUCAGCAACGUCGAAGAAAUCCGAUAUCAAAAGUGCAAUAGAAAAAUACUCAGAUUACCUGGACAAUUCGGUGAAGUACCUUAAAAACCAGGAUCCACAAUGCGCCCCACAAAUCUUAGACAAAAUGAACGAAGUAAUGAGCAAAGCCUGGGCGGUACCGACCUACGGUCACGAACUAGGAUCGUCACUUUGUAAGACGCUACGAGAUUGUGGCGGAUUGAAUCUGAUCAUGGCGAAUUGCACGAAACAAGACAAAGAUUUGCAGUUCUCCAGCGCCCAAUUGCUGGAGCAAUGUUUGACCGGCGAUAACAGGCUGCACGUCGUCGAACACGGACUGGACAAAGUCGUGAACGUGGCCUGCGUUUGCACGAAAAACAACACGGUAGACCAUUCCCGAGUUGGCACCGGGAUUUUGGAACACCUAUUUAAGCACAGCGAAGAGACCUGCAGCGACGUAAUCCGUCUCGGUGGGCUGGACGCGUUGCUAUUCGAAUGCAGAAAGAGCGACGUCCCAACACUGAGGCACUGUGCCGGAGCUUUGGCCAACCUGAGCUUGUACGGUGGUGCGGAGAACCAGGAGGCGAUGAUCAAGCGUAAGGUUCCAAUGUGGCUCUUCCCACUAGCCUUCCACACCGACGACAACAUCAAAUAUUACGCUUGCCUGGCAAUAACCGUGCUGGUGGCGAACGCGGAGAUUGAAGCCGACGUCAUACAGUCCGGCACUCUUGGUCUUGUCGAGCCUUUCGUCACCACUCACAAUCCUUCCGAAUUCGCCAAAUCAAAUCUGGCACACGCCCACGGACAAAGCAAGACGUGGCUUAAACAGUUGGUACCCGUUUUGAAUUCGAAACGCGAGGAGGCCAGGAAUUUGGCCGCCUUCCACUUCUGCAUGGAGGCCGGUAUCAAGAAACAGCAAGGGAAAACGGACAUCUUCGCUGAGAUUGGUGCGGUGGAGCAGCUAAAGAAGGUCGCCAGUUGUCCGAAUGCAGUUGCGUCCAAAUACGCGGCACAGGCGCUCAGACUGAUCGGCGAAGUGGUACCGCACAAGCUCAGCCAGCAGGUCCCACUGUGGUCCUGCGAGGACGUUGAGGAGUGGGUGAAGCAGAUCGGCUUCAUGAAAUACUCGCGCAGUUUUACAGAGAGCAGAGUCGACGGCGACCUGUUGUUGCAGCUAAACGAAGACAACUUGAAAAACGACAUAGGACUGACGAAUGGAAUUGAAAUUAAAAGAUUCACUCGAGAAUUACAAAAGUUGAAGAAAAUGGCAGACUACUCCUCCAGAGAUUCGGCAAACAUCAAUAACUUCCUGCAACAGCUUGGACCUGAGUUCAGCAUUUACACCUACAGUCUCCUGAACGCAGGCGUGGAAACUAAAGAUUCCCUGAAAAACAUCUCGGAGGAUCAACUUAAGGACGAAUGCUUCAUACAUAACUCCAUACACCGCUUCCGAAUCAUGGAGGGAAUCAGGCAGUUAGAAAGUGGAAUGGACAGUACAAAUGAUCCCGGAAUGGACAAGCCUCUGGACGUGUUCGUCAGCUACAGAAGAUCCAACGGAUCACAGCUGGCGAGUUUGUUGAAAGUCCACUUGCAGCUCAGAGGUUUCAGCGUUUUCAUCGACGUAGAGCGAUUGGAGGCUGGCAAGUUCGACAACAAUCUUCUGCAGAGCAUCCAAAAGGCUAAACACUUCCUCCUGGUGCUCACCCCCGAUGCGUUACAGAGAUGCGUAGGCGACUUCGAGAAGAAAGACUGGGUGCACAGAGAGAUUGUGGCUGCUUUGCAAGCGAACUGCAACAUCAUCCCUAUCAUCGAUAAUUUCCAAUUCCCUGAAGCGGACGAGCUGCCGGAAGAUAUGCGACAAGUCUGUCAUUUUAACGCAGUGCGGUGGAUUCACGAUUAUCAAGAUGCAUGUGUGGACAAACUUGAAAGGUUCAUGCGUGGUGAAAUGAACUACCGCAGCGAUUGCCAGCCAAACAGAGUGGGUUUGAAAGGAGACAUCACCCCUGGCACACCAUCCAACCCGAAUUUGGUCAGACAACCCCCGAACUACCAGAGAAUGCACAGCAACGACUCUGGCAGCGGCAAAAGUUCGGAUAAGGACGUGAACGGGCUCAGGGAUUGACUAGAUGGUCCCAACGCCUCGGGAACUCCGACGCCGCUACCCAGAUUCUACAAGGCGUCACAACCUAGACCGUGGAUAAUGAAUUCAACUCGAUACAAUCAAAGAGGUUUACCACCUCAGUACCCGAGACGGAGUUCGAACACUCCGAUUUCGUCGCUGGCUUUGAACAGCGUGUCGGCAACUCCCAACCGUUCCAGAAGCUUAGACGGCUUACUGGACACCGAACCAAAGUUGGCAGCUCAAUGUGUGACCGAUGACGCAAUCGAUCCGUCCGAGACAACCAAAAGUUGCGACGAAUUUGAAAAGAAUUUUGAAGAAGAUGAUAACGCGAACCUGAGUAAAAAGGCUCAAAGUCUUGACAACAAUUUGGACUGUUCGUUGGAUAGCAGUGAUAUGGACAAGUCGUCGCUGUACAGUAAUUCGAGUGACUCUAAGAGGAAGCGGAACUUCAUGGACAGAUGUGUAAAUAAAGUGAGAUCUCUUAUAAAGAAGUAAUUCACGCUAAACUUUGAUAUUAGAUUUAUAUGACUGCAUCUAAUCAAUCAUCACUAAUUUUUGGAGAAUUUUUUAUGUAUUAGUGUCAACUAAAAGCUGCUUUUAAAAUUAGUCGUGAAUGAUAUGGUGAAACUAGACGUGAUAUUUUAUUUAUUUUAGUGUCUUUGAGGCAGCUUUAGAGUGUUAUCAUUCUAAACUUGUCCAGCAACUAAAUUCUAUGUACAAAAAUGUGCUUUUAUACAAAAUUUGUAUAUUUGGUAAAUGUGUGAUCAUUCAAUGCCUUCGUGGGUGCAUAUUUUAGUAUUUAUACUUUUAGUAUGUAUAUAAGUGUUGUCAAAUUUGAGAUUUUAUUAUUUGAAUUUGAAUAAUAAUUCACAGUGCUUAUGUUAUGUAAUGUAUGUGUUUUAACAUGUAUAACAUAUAUUUCAAAUAUUUAUAACUGUAACACCUAGACUUGCUUAAAUAAUUUAAGCACAGUUUAUGGGAAACUGUAAAUUAUAUUUUAUCAGUAUAUUUUAUUUAUAGCAAUUAUUGCAUCUGCCUUUUUUACCUUUUUAAUACUCAAAAGGUGAAAAAAUUAUUGUUCUAACAGUUAUAGUUUUGUAUUAUAUAGCAACUAUUUGUUUUUUAUCUAUGUUAUAUUUCUAAAUAUAUUUUAUUAAGUGA